AUGCUCGCCCUAAUCGAUCCCAACACGCUGUCGUCCAACCCCAAGUUCAAUGCCCUCUACAGCGAUCUGUGUAGCAACAAGUUAAAUGCAGAUGGCACGUCGCAGCUUCCCGCGAAGGCCCAGCGCGACCGAGAUGCUGUCGGCCACGACCUCUACAAAGCGCGGGUAGAAGCUGCGAAAAGAGAAAUGGUCAUCCUCCGCCUGCGCGAGCUGUCAUACCGACCUGGCGAGUUGCCGGAAGAGCUACAACGACUCGUUGCUGUCGUGGCUGCUUUUCUUGAUGGCCAGAUAGCAGAGGAGGAUAGAUACUUGUUGCGGGACGAUGUUACGAACUUCCAAGACAAUCUUGAGCAGAUCAACACUGCUUUAACCAAGCAAUUCCGACGGGAUGCUCAAACAUUGGCAUUGAUAUUGGAUGAGGAGGAAGCGCCUCCUGUGCAACAUCUCCCACCCGCCAUCUCAAACAUCAAAGACACCCUUUCGGCCUCUGAAUCCCGCCUCACGGAGUCACGCAUCAAACUGGUGGAAGAAGCGGUGCAGCUGCACACCGUGUACCGGCAGAUCAGCGAACGCAGCAUCAACGUCCUCGAGCAAGUCAUCCACGGCGCGGCGGCGCGCGGAGCGAGGGCCAAGGCCGAUUAUCUGGCGCUGGUCGCGGAAGGCAUGGACAAGAAACUACGCCUUCAGCACGCGCAGCUCGUGUCUCAGCUGCUUUCGCCGGAAGUGUUGGCAGCGUUGAGGCAGAGAGGAGAGUCGAUGCGGGUGGAGAGGCGGAGCGUUCAGCGCAAGACGGCCGAGGUGGAGGAGAAGCUGGAGGCGUAUGGGAAGGUGGCGGGCAUGCAGGGCCUGGCGAGGGAGUAUGCAGACAUUCUACAGGAGACGGAGAAGGUUGAGGCUGAUAUUGCGCGGCUGAAAGUGGCGAGGAAGCUGUAG